UGCAAUCAGCGAUUUUCGAUUUUCGGCUUUCGAUUUUCGAAUUCGAACCAGUACUGAUUGCAAACCGGACAAAAACGAAAAAUGGAGCUCGAGAUCGUGAACGCCAAGAACAGCAAGCCCUACGGCAAGGUGAAGGUGCCCUCCGGCGCCACGCCCAUCGGGGAGCUGCGCGCCCUGAUCCACAAGAGCCUCAAGCAGACGCCGGAUGCGAAUCGCCAGUCGCUGCGCCUGGAGCUGAAGGGCAAGAGCCUGAAGGACACGGAUACCCUGGAAUCGCUGUCCCUGCGCACCGGCGACAAGGUCUAUGUGAAGGAUCUGGGGCCGCAGAUCGGGUGGAAGACCGUUUUCCUGGCCGAGUACGCCGGCCCACUUAUCGUAUACUUGAUUUUCUACUUCCGACCGGAACUGGUCUACGGCAAGGCGGCCACUCUGCCGAUUUCCCUAACCACCCACAUUGCCGCCGGCUGCUACACGGUCCACUAUGUGAAGCGUCUGCUGGAGACGAUCUUCGUCCAUAGGUUUUCACAUGCCACCAUGCCGCUGAGGAAUCUCUUCAAGAACUGCACCUACUACUGGGGAUUCACCGCCUAUGUCUCCUACCACGUGAACCAUCCGCAGUUCACCUCGCCCUGCAUGUGCACCGUUUGGGCUGCCCUGGGUGCUUUUGCCCUCUGCGAACUGGGCAACUUUUCGGUGCACAUUGCCCUGCGCAACCUGCGUCCGCCGGGAACCAAAGUGCGCAAGAUUCCCGUGGCAGAUGCAAAUCCCCUGACCAAGCUGUUCAACUUGGUCUCGUGCCCCAACUACACGUACGAGAUUGGUGCCUGGGUUUCCUUCUCCGUGCUGACUUCUUGCCUGGCCGCCUACUUGUUUGCCUUCGCCGGGGCAUUCCAGAUGACCGUCUGGGCCCUGGCCAAGCACCGCAACUACAGGAAGGAGUUCAAGGACUACCCCCGCCAGCGCCGCUCCAUCUUCCCCUUCGUCCUGUAGGAUGGAUGUCGACUUUCGCAACGUAUUACCUAUUCCACAUUACACAUUUACACAUUUUGGCUAGCGUUUAACAGGGUAGUUGUCUAGUGAACUUUGUGCUUUCGUUACUUUAAAGCAAAUACAAAUUGGAGAAGCGUA